AUAAUAAACAACUAGCAGCCGCUAAUUAAGAUAGACUUAGAUAAGUUAAAAUAUUUAAAGAUUAAAAAAAAAGGUUUCAAUGAAAAAAAAAAAAAUAAAUUAAGUUGUGGAAGGCUCGUUGAGAAUUCCUAUUCAGUGUUCCCGUAUCUUCUUCGUCGUUCCCAUCGUAUUCUGAAGCGAAGGAUCUUCUCCUCCAUUUUUGUCGAAUAAUAAUUCUUCCCUCCGCUUUCGCCUCCGCUUCUCCCUUUCAUAAGAAUGGAUGCCGAAGAAAGGAUGGCCCUCCGGGGAGAGCACGGAAUUUCUAUCGCUGAUAAUGCCAGCAGGCCUGGUGAAAGAGUCGGCGCCGGAAUUGAUGAGGAGGUUGCCAGUCCAGCCAUCGAACGCUCUGACUUAUGCGGCGAAUAUGCCGGCAGCACCGGAAUUUAUGCGGAGGCUUCUGGUCCGGCCUUCGAGCCGAGCGUGAGGCACUGGAUUGGCGAGCUGUCGGAUGCCGCAAGUUAUGAGGAGGCGGCUUCCGGUCCUGCCGUCGAACCAAGUGUGAGGAGCUGGGUCGGACUUUCUGCCUUCGGACCGAGUGCCGAAGGCUGGAUCGGAGAGGUGCAGGAGAAGAUCAGAAGUGCGCUGGCAGCUUCGCCAUCGCUGUCCUCGAGUUCCCACUUCAGAAGAAGAAGUCCUGAAAUUUGUAAGUUCGUGCUGGGCGAGGAGUUCUGCCGGCCGAGGGUGGUGGCGAUAGGGCCGUACCAUCGGCACGAGAGCACGAGCGUCACCGACGCAGACAAGUGGUUGAUUGUCUGCCUGAUGAACUGUCUGUACGGAAUCGACCUGGCGGGCAGCCUUGUAAAGAUGAAAAAUCAAGCGGCGGCCGCUCUCGCAUGCUACUCCUUCGCAGAUUUGUGCGAAAGCUUCGACGUCGAAGAUGACAAAGGAUUCGCGGAGGUGCUGCUGCUGGAUAGCUACUUCAUCUUGUUUAUGCUGACGUCCAGCGAGUCCGUGCUGAUGUCCCGUGAGAUACGCAGUAGAUUGAUGCUGAUCGAAUCCGAUCAUUCGUCGACGGAGAAUCCCCCGUCUCCGCUCGUCAUGCCUAGAGUCAACGAGGUAGUAUUACACAGAGAUAACAUCAUGCUGGAUCUGCUGAUCCUCGAUAACCAAAUUCCCUUCUUCGUGGUCGAGGAGCUGUUUGCGGAACUCAAGCUGGAGGAGAAGCCCCUCCACGAUUAUGCCCUCGAGUUCUUCGGGACAAUCCAUCCGAGGCCGAACCGAGAUCGUCAUAGAGGCCAGAACAUUCCUCCCAAAUUCUUUCAUCUGCUCGAUCUUUUCCACUGGUCUCGGGUCCCGGAGAACAAGUAUGAGGUAGUCAGCUCAUAGCAUUGCCAGCCAGACGGUGUUUACUGGGCGCGCUAUACUCCGACCGCAAUGGAACUCAGAAAAUCAGCCACAGUGCUCGAAAAGAAGAGCUCGGGCAGCUCACUAGACAUCGCGUUCCGGAGGGGUAGGAUUAUAUCCGUUAUCGGGGUGCUCAACAUCCCAAACUUACACAUCCGCGACUAUAGCAGCUUCAUCUUCCAUAACCUCAUCGCCUUCGAGAUGCAAUCUCAAAGCCGGGGCCGCUGCACAAUGGCCUUCUCCGCAUUUAUGCGCAACUUGUUGCAAAGCGAGGAAGACGUGAAGCUGCUGCGGCGACGCGGCAUUUUGGCGAACACGUCCAUGACCGACGAUGAACUCGUCGAUUUCUUCAAACGCUUGAGCCGAUUGAUUGAAAACUAUCAAAUGCCGAGCGAUCUGUAUGCGGUUUACUAUCAGGUCCUCUCUCACCAUAAUCGCCGGAUGAGUCGGUUCUGCGGCAGCAUCAUUCUCCAGUACUUUCCCAACCCACUGGUGACUCUUUCUGUGUUUGCAGCUGUCGUGCUCUUUGUUCUCACCCUCCUGCAGACUAUAUAUACUAUUCUCAGCUACUACCGUUAUUGAAUGCUAAUGGUAAUUUGCACCUACAUACUACUGAAAUGAAAAACAUGUUGUACUACCAAAUGGUGGAUAUGGUCAUAUUUAACAUUCUCUGUUACUAACUGGUUUGUUUUAAGUGCAGUUGCUUUUCAUUUAUAUGAAAAUUUUUCACACAAGUGACCCUGGACUAAAUCUCUGAUGGAUAGAUAGUUCGACACACUGGCCCUCGUAAUUUGCACCGACAGCAAACUCAUUUCUCUCUUCGAAUGCUUGAGCAAGUUGACUGAAAACCAUCAAAUGCCAAGUGAUCUGUGUGCCAUUUGCCAUCAGGUCCAGUCUUACCACAACCGCCGAGUGAGUCGGUUCUGUGGCAGUGUCAUUCUCCACUACUUCCCCAACCCAUUGGUGACUCUUUGUUUGUUUGUUGCUGUUUUGCUUUUUAUUCCCACCCUCUUGCAGACCAUAUAUGCUAUGCUAUGAUCAGUUACUACCACAGUUGAAUGCUGAUCUACAUGUUAUUAUCUAGUACGGCAAUUAAUAUUGCUGAAUAAAACAUGUAUUGUACUACCAAAUUAGUUGGAUUGGGUACAUAUUUACAUGUGACAUCCUCUGUAAGUUGCUACCAGGUUUGGUAUUCUUACUAGUUAUUAAUUAAUGCAAGGGAGCUUUUUUAUUUAUA